AUGGGACGGGUGCUGCUAGCUCCCCAGUUUCUGCGAGUGCGAUUUGGGCGCUGUGUGCGCCUAGGUGCCUGCGCUGCAUUACCACCAUAUCUUGGUGUGAGACCCAGAGGCGUGUUUUGGUUGGUACGGCCUGCCUCAACUUGGGCAAGUCCAGCCGCAGGUCAAAGAUGGCCCAGUGCAGAGAGGCUCCAAAAGCUCGGCAGCAGUCUGUCGCUGGAAGUGAGUCCGGAGGACCGAGGCGGCAGAAAAGUGUGUCAACUUCUUUCCAGAGAGCAUUUUCCGCCAAAGAGUUGCGUUUUUGUGAACAUGGUGAAGACGACAUCGGAGCACUUUAGCAAUGUAGCGGAGACCACUGGCGCCUUGUCGGCUGCAGGAUUUGAUCCCAUUCCGCACCUGCCCAUUUCUCGACUUUCCACUGUCGAAGACUUUCACUUGACCUUGAAGAUGCUCACCCAGGCCGGUGCCAAGCAUCUGCUCCUGGUGGGAGGCAAUGACCUUCCACAGCGCCUUGAGCGCAAUGAGCUCCACUAUCGUAGUGUGGCUGACCUGCUGAAGGCCGAGAUCGAAACCAUCAAGUCAGAGGGAAUCCAAAGUGUUUCCCUCGCUGGCUUGCCAGAUAGCCCUCAAUGGCGUGGCUGGAGUGAAAAGGCUGCUACGAAGGUUCUUGUCGACAAAGCGCGACUGGUCCUUCAGGCUGGUUUGAAGGUAGUGGUGGCCACUCAAUUCUGCUUCAAUCCCCGGCACUUGCUGCAAUGGCUUCGGGAUGCCACUGCUGCUUUGGAGGAGCUGCAAAAGGAGUUGGGCGUAGCUCACCGAGUGAGCUUUCGCAUCGGCGUCCCGGGACCGACUCGACUUCGGAAGUUGCGACGCAUCGCAGACAUCUGUCAGGUGCCUCGUGACUUCUUGCAUCCCAGCAUGUUCGACAUGGCCCUACAAGGAGCCACUAGAGUGAGUCCCCGGGACCUGGAACAUUCCUUUGACUCUCUUGGCCUUGGGAGAACACAGAGAUCCGCUACUCCAGAACUUAGGGCCGCGCUCUUUUUGGAGACCUGUGGAGCCGAUGGGCUGCUCGGCCGCCCCGAGCUGGCGGAGCUCCUCUGCCGCGACGUCCAGGCGGAGCUGGAAGCAGCGGCGCGCCCGGCGGCGACGGACGCGGCGGACGCUGCGGCGGCCUCCGGGCCGUCAGCCUUCGUGGCGCACGAGGAAGAGGCAGCCGAGGAUGCACUGCUUCCAGAGGAUAUCUUGUGGACGGCCGUCGCCGCACAGACCGGAGCCUCCGUCGACAUCGGCGUGAAUCUCUACCCUUUCGGUGGCUUGGCGGACAGCUUAUCCCUCGCCAGAGCCUUGAGGGAAGGUAAGACUCCUGGUAGCCUGACUGAAGCUGCUUGA